CGCUUAAAGCGCAUGAGCGUCCAACGUGAACGCACCCAAUAUGUUACAAUAAUUGAAGAUCAUACAGUAGAGAGAGUAAGUGAAAUAAAAAUUAAAAUUGUGAAAACGUGGUGCUGCGUCUUACACAAAAGAAACGAAUAUCUACAGAAAUAAAAGAAACAUAUCAAGUUAAUGAUACUGCGAUAAUCUACGAAUCAUUACGAAUCAUACACUGCGGUUACAUUUAGCAACGACCAUGGCAGAAAAAUGUGCCGUUAAUAUCGACGACGGAGACUGUCCAGCAACAAAAAGAAUUAAACUAGAAGACAAGAAAAAUGCGGAUGAGAAUGAGGACAGCGUAUGCGAACGUACAGAUCUGUCUGAUUUUAAUGUAACAAGAGUGCUGCAGAAUAAUUGCGCGCGUAAGUUAAUAUGUGUAGAAGGAACAUUCAAGGAUCGCGCGGAUCCGGCAAUUGUUUUAUUAGAGCAAAAGAGUUUUCCCAGUGACAAAGUGUCUUUGAAAAAGGGUUUCUUCAGUGAGAAAACUAUCUAUCAAAAGAAUUGUGCAAACGAUAUCUACGGGAAUUACGAUUGUUUUCCGGCCGAGGAAUAUAACAGUCUACACGCGACUGUGAUAUAUCCUGCCACACGAAAUCAAAUCGAGAAGUAUUUGAAGCAGGAAUCAUUACAUAUGAUAGAUGAAACGUAUGAACUCUAUCAACAAGUUACUCUUCCUCAUAUAGAAUCUAUGAGCUUGAGUUUGGAGUGGAUAACUAAUAUUCUUGAACACAAAGCUGAAGAAGAAAACAUUAUUUACGAGGAUACUGACAAGGAAACUGGUUUUAUCUUAGUAACAGAUUUAAAAUGGGACAAACGACUGGAUACAUUAAAGUUGCUGGCAUUGCCUUUAAAAAAAAUAAGAUGUCUUCGAGAAUUAGAUGCAUCUCAUCUUCCUUUAUUGAAAAAUAUACAAAAAGCUGGGACUGAGGCAAUUAAUAAAAAGUUUAAUGUAUCUGCCUCUCAGCUUAGAAUAUAUUUUCAUUAUCAACCUUCUUAUUAUUAUCUACAUGUACACUUUAGCUAUCUCAUGUUUGAAGCACCAGGAAUAUAUGUGGAAAAGGCACAUCUUUUAUCAACUGUUAUAAGAAACUUAGAAUUGUUGCCAGACUAUUAUUCGAAGGCCAUUCUUUCAUAUGUAGUGCGUAAAGGCAGCCCUCUUUAUGAGAGAUUCAAAUCACAUGGAGUUCUGCCAGCAGACACUAAAGUGUGAAAUAUACAAGACUGUAAAUAGUGUAAAUGAGACUGCUUUUUCUAUAAAAAGUAGGUGACUCAUAACUAUAUUUUGUAUCUGUUUAUCAUGAUAUGGUAUUAAUAUGUAUUUUAUAUAAUUAUAUGAAUUAUAGAAAUCAAAUAUAAUCCAUUAUAUGAUUUGUAUAACUGUAA